UCAUGGCUGGACACCUUCUGUCUGUCAUCCUCAUGUCUUUUGUUCAUAAGAUUCAAGCACAAGCUCUUCUUCCACCAACACUGACAGUGAACACAGAGGUGAUCUCAGAGACGGACACGGUCACGUUACACUGUCAGGCACCAACAUCUGUUUCAGUUCAUCAGUGUUUUUUCUACACGGUGAGCAAAAAUACUUCCAAAGCCUUCUCAUGCCUGCAGAAUUUCACUGCAACAGAACUGCUGUUAAUGUCACAUCACAGUUCACCUGCUGAAGUUAAAGUGAGAUGUUUUUACACUGGAGACCUUAAUUCAACGUCUGCUGACAGUGAACCAUCCUCCAUCACCAUACAAAGUCAAACACCACAGAUGAGUGUGCAGCAUUUUAAUGGGGAACAUGUUGGGUUUGUUUGCUCUCUGCCUGGAUCUGUGAAAGAUGAUACAGGAUGUAAUCUGUACUUUGGAGAAGCAAGUCGUUUAGUCCUCACAGUAGCUGUCUGGAAGAAUAGCAGGACAAAAAACAAACAGAGGUUCUGCCAGUUUUAUGUCUCAAUUGAUGAUUUUUUGAGACAUCUACAUUUUGUUCAACAAAAAGAUGCCAGCUGUGAUUACACUUUGAAGAGGGAACCCAGGUCUUUGUCUCCUCGCAGUGAUCGAUACAACUUAACAGCUAUUCUGGAAAGUGAACCACCAAAGAUCAACAAACCGUCAUCUAUCAUGACCACAGAAUCAAGUCUCAACAAACCCAGUACUUUAACUUCUACCACUUCAGUGAACUCACUAUCAGGACUAGCUGCUCUUAAUCAGAGCCCUACAAAUGGUGUGAACAAUCCUGUCAAAACAACUCAGUAUAAAACAUCAGGAGACAGCACCACAGGAUUAGCUACUGUUAAUCUCAACCCUACAACUGGUGUGAACACUCCUGUCAAAACAACUCAGUAUAUAACAUCGGGAGACAGUACUACAGAUUCAAACAAGAAUGAUACUACAGGGAAAGUCGAAGAGUCAUUAUGGAAUUUGGCAGCAGCUGUGACAAGAAAUGGAAUAAUUAUGGGCAUGAUCCUACUGGUACUGGGGCUUCUUAUAUUCAAAAGGAGAACUGGUGAGAAAUACUUAUUUCAUGUGCUUAGAAAAACAAUUUUUCAGUGUUCAGGUGACACAUAUUGAAGCACGAUUAUAGCAUUUUCCAUUUU